GCCGCGUCUCAACGACGACAAAUGGUAUCCAGCUUUCAGUGGUGUGCUACGAGUAAUGGCAUCGUUGAAGGAGUCAGGAUUCGGUCACGGUAACAACAAGGGCAAAGAGGCUGGUGGCGAGUAUCAGGUCAUACCUCAAUCCGUCUCCGAGACGAAUGCCAAACAACGGCUCAGACCGGGCGAUUCGGCCUUGUUCGAUUACGAAUCGCUGUUUUGUACGAAAACGAAGAUUAUUGCGUCGACGAAACGUGUCCCUAUAAAGUUACGAAAAAAGGUUUCGCAGAGAAGCUCAAAGAAUGUUGGCGCAAAUCGGGAUGUCGAGGGGACAAAAAACGUUACGAAGACGAAGAAAAAUAUUUGGCUUCCACGACUUACGCGAGCAAAGAUACAGUCGCUACGAAAAACAGCGGUAAAUGCAUUCGACCAAACCAGUACAAAAAAUCUGUAUCGAGAUCGACUUCACCGCGGGAGCGACGACCCUCCAGAAGAACGCGUUACACUUCGGACGAUUUCACGACAAACUCCGAUAGUCCGACUUAAGGCAAAAGCAUACUCGAAUGGACAAUUUAGUGGCAGGAUUGUGCUCGGCUAUCCGUAAACCGUCGAGUUCAUUCGACUCGAAAAAUUCACGAAGCGAUACGUUCAAUGCGAGACGCGAGGAUAACAUUAAGAAACGAAUUACGACGUGAUCGAAUAUAUUUUACGCUUCGUAGAAUUUAUUACGA